AUGGCUAUGCUGCUCACCCAAGGUGUUCCCUCACUGAUAUUUGCCACCGGGGUAGAGAAUAGAUGGGAAGAAGCUGGAUGCCAGCUUUUGACCUACAUUCGAAGAGUGACCGGAGGCCUUUCCAUCUGCACCACAUGUCUCCUGAGCGUGUUCCAGGCUGUCACCAUCAGUCCGGUCAUCAAAAAUGCCACCAUCACAGUUAGUAGUUUAAAUAUAAAAUACUGCUCUAAUAUAUUCUGGGUGAAAUAUUUGAAUGAUAUGAUGUUUCUCAGCAUCAUAACUCUCCAAGAUGUCAUCUUUGUAUUCCUCAUGUGCUGGUCCAGUGGCUACAUGGUGAUGGUGCUACACCAACACCGCAAGCAAGUCCAGCACAUCCACAGCACCAGUCUCUCCCCCAAAUCCUCCCCCGGGGCCAGGGCCACCCAGACCCUCCUGCUCCUCCUCACCUCCUUCGUUUGCUUUUACUGGAUCAACUGCAGUUUUAACCUAGCCUUCAAUUUUGCAGAGGAUAAAGACUACAAGCUGAAUGACAUUGCAACAUUCCUGGAGGCCUGUUAUCCCUCUCUCUCCCCACCCAUUGGUGCUAAUCAACAGUAA